UGUUCCUAGUUAAUUGAACUUUUAUUGUUUAAAAAAUCUCAAUAAGAGAGUAGCGGGCCUCUAAAAAAAAGAGUAGCGGGAAGUGAAAUAUACUACCGCCAAAUCUCAAACUUUCCAAAAUUUUGCCGGAGCCCUAGUUAGUGUAUCCAGUCUACUUUGGACUCCAACCAAAACUUGUUUGCCGCACUUCUUCUCUGCGCUUCUCCUUCUCUGCAUCAAGCGGCGUUUUUGGGAUUUCACUGCAAACCAGGUUCUCUUCUCCGCAGCCCUCGGAUUCACGCUAUCAACUUGAGGAGCAAAGUGAAUCUAGAUUCCAUUAACAGCUCAAUCAAAGAAUAGAGAAGUGCAUAACGUCAUUGCUUGCAGGAAAAUGUCUAAGUUGCCACCAUCUGGUCGAGGACCAACCAAACGUAAGCGACCAGCAACUCCAGUGGCCAGAUUUGUGAGUCGUGUGCCAUCAUCAUCCAUUCCAUCAUUUGGUUCCUCCUCAACUACUCCACCAUCAUCUACUCCACCAUCAUCUACUCCAUCACUUGCUUCUUCGCCAACUAUUCCACAAGUUGGCUCAUCAUCUACCAGUCCACCAUGUGAUUUAUCCCAAUCUACCCCAUCACCCAAUACCGCCACUCAUGUCAGUACUGAUACACCUAUCUCAAAUAAUAAUUCAGAGCAACCACUACAUGUUAUUGGGUCUAUAGGACCAAAUGGCCGUUUGUGCAUUGGAGUUAAAAACAAACAAUUACUUCCUUCAGAAGAAUGUUCUCGAAAGAUUACUUCUCUUUUCAAGGAAAGGGUUGAUCCUCAUGGUUACUCAUGGGCUAACUUAAGUGAAGAUAUAAUAAAGUUUUAUUGGGAUGAGUUUAAGAAGCAUUGCUAUUGGAAUCCUAUAAUGGAAUCUUCAAUAAAGGCAGCGUGGACUACAAAAGCUAAACAAAGAUAUUCCAAUUAUCUCAGUAAUAUGAAAACAGGAAGAUGUCAGAGGAAUUCAUCAAUCACUCAAGAAGUUUGGGAUAGUUGGAUGACUAUGUGGAGUAGUGAAGAAUUUCAGAAGAAAUCUAAUCAAAGCAAAAAAAAUAGGCGUCAAGGUGAAUUAGAGAAGACUGCCCUAUCUACUCAUACUAGUGGGGCCAUAUCUCAUGCCAAAGUUGCCAGUCAAAUUGAAAAGGACUCCGAAACUACGGUGACAAGUUAUCAGGUUUUUUUGUAUACACAUACAAAGAAUCACGAUGGAGAGACUUUCAUAAAUGAUCAGGCUAAAGAAGUGAAU